GCUGAAUCAGUGCAGGAGCGGAGCAGGGGAGGCUGAAAAUGGUGCAGCAUCAACAAGGAAAAAAAGCGCAGCGGUCGCGCAGAUGGAAUGACGAGCCUUCCCCUAAACACUCACUUUGAGAUUUUACUCCGACGACAGAAGAAGAGGUAAAUGGCAGGGUUUGGUAAAGUGCUGGCCAGCCGAUGCAGUGUGUAGGGCCCGGUGUCCAAGCCGACGAAAACAUGAACGGGGCGGGGGAGCAGGUCGACAUCCUGCCCUCCAACUGCUUGGUUAAAGAGCGCUGGAAAGUGCUGAAGAAGAUAGGGGGUGGCGGGUUUGGGGAGAUAUAUGAGGCCUACGACCUGUUGACACGGGAAAAUGUAGCUCUAAAGGUGGAAUCUGCCCAACAGCCCAAACAAGUGCUAAAAAUGGAAGUUGCUGUACUGAAAAAACUGCAAGGAAAGAAUCAUGUUUGCAAAUUCAUUGGAUGUGGGAGAAAUGACAAGUUCAAUUACGUUGUAAUGCAGCUGCAGGGAAGAAAUUUGGCUGAUCUGAGGCGUAGUCAGCCUAGAGGGACGUUCAGUUUGAGUACGACUCUACGGUUGGGGAAACAGAUCCUGGAGUCCAUUGAAGCCAUUCACUCUGUGGGCUUCCUGCACCGAGACAUUAAACCUUCUAACUUUGCCAUGGGCCGGUUGCCGUCCACCUGUAGGAAAUGUUACAUGCUGGACUUUGGAUUAGCUCGUCAAUACACAAAUACAAAUGGGGAGGUACGGCCGCCAAGGACAGUAGCAGGAUUCCGAGGAACAGUUCGCUAUGCUUCAAUUAAUGCGCAUAAAAACAAGGAAAUGGGUCGUCACGAUGAUUUGUGGUCAUUGUUUUAUAUGCUGGUAGAGUUUACGGUUGGACAGUUACCCUGGCGAAAGAUAAAAGAUAAGGAGCAGGUGGGACAGAUUAAAGAACGUUAUGAGCACAGGAUGUUGUUGAAACACAUGCCUGCUGAGUUUCAUAUCUUCUAUGACCAUGUGCUGGAUUUAGAUUACUACACCAAACCUGAUUAUCAGUUGCUAAUGUCAGUGUUUGAGAACAGCAUGAAAGAGAGGGUGAUAACAGAGAAUGAGUCAUAUGAUUGGGAAAAAGCAGAUACAGCCCUUCCUAGUAGCACAAACACACCACCACAACAAAACACAAGGCAAACUGCUGCCAUCGUGGGGUUGGUGAAUGUGACACCAGUACCUGGGGAAUUACCAAGAGAAAACACUGAUGAUGUUUUGCAAGAUGAACACCUGAGUGACCAGGAGAAUGCCCCACCUGGUCUCAUACCCAGUAGGCCUAGCGAACCUGAACCAGCCCAGCCUGCUUGUAAAGGCUGGGACGAAACUGACUUCAACCGUAACAAACUCAGGAUCAGCAUUAGUAAGACACAGGUAGCGGCAGAAGAGGGGGAGGAGCCUGCUGGAGGGGUGCGGUCUGUGUCCCCAGUGAGGGGCGGUGAAGCAGACACACAGGCCCGCCCUCCAAGGUACCGGAGAGUUAACAGCCCCGAAUCAGACCACCUGUCUGCUGCUGAGGAUAGAGGAGAUGGCAUGGAUAAACGCUCUCGUAUGGAUAUGCUGGGUUCUCCAUCUAGACACGUCUACUCUUCCCAGCCUGCUCAGAUGCUCUCUUUAGAUGCUGGACAGGGAGAUCAACUUGGUGGUGGGCGCCAUGAUGUUUCUGUAGAUGGAGACCAGGAGGCCCACAGCAACGCUUUCAUCCGCUCAGUCCCGCUGGCAGAGGAGGAGGACUUUGACAGCAGAGAAUGGGUGAUGAUUGAUAAAGAAACAGAGCUGAAAGACUUCCAUCCUGGGGCAGAGCCUACCACCUCAGGCACCACGGAUGAAGAACCGGAGGAACUACGCCCCCUGGAGGACCACGAGGAGAGGAGAAGGAGGGGAGGUGGUCAUGGGAUGGGUGGAGCUGAGGCUGUGGUACGACCCAAAACGCAACGUGGGAUGAUAAUUGUAGCAGAGGAGGGGCCAGGACCAAGCCCUGCCCAUUCACCUUGUCACUCAUUGCCUCAUACCUGCCCGCGGAGGAGCGAGUCGCAGCCUUUUGGACCUGAUGGAAUGGAGGUCGCAGUGGCUGAAUGUUUGCCUUCCUCCUCGCAAACACGUCUGAAACGAGUAGACUUCAUGUCUGGUGUGUUGAUGUUUGAUGAUCUAAGAGAGGAAGGCGCAAAGGCGGGAGUGUUAGGCAGUGAUGGAAGCCCUCGCAGUAGUGAGGGAAGCCCGGAGGGUGCUGUUUCCACCCUGCUUGCCCCUGCCCACCGGGACCAUGACCAGGAAGAGGGCUCGCGCACCCUUGUUCUCGUCUCCGCUGGUAAUGGACAGGUUUCACCUGGAGAUGGACAGGGUACCCUUGCCGCAUUGACUCCACAGGGAGAGCGACCUGUGCCAGAUGAAUCAGAACCUGGGACUUUCUCCUCCGUCAUUAAGUCAGAACCAAGGCCUAUCGUCAUGACAACUGCAGCUGUGAUCACCGGUGGUUCUUCCUCGCCGCCGUUCACCAAGGUGGAACGAACUUUCAUCCACAUUGCUGAGACGACACAUCUCAAUGUCAUGACAACCAGACAUCGUCCAUCUGGACUGGAUGAGGUGGCAACAACAGAGUGUGAGGAGUCAGGUGGAGAGAAAGAGGAGAAGGAACGAAAAGGGGUCAGUGAAGGAAGGGAAAAAGAGAGCAAUAGUGAGCAGAUUACAGUAGAAGUAGAAGAAUGUGAAGCAGAGGAAAAGGAGGGAAAUAAGGGAGAAAAGGAAGAGAGUGAAAGAGAGAAUGACAGAGAGGCUGAAGAAUCAGCGAAGGAGAAUUCGAGUAAGAGUAGUAGACAAGAACCAGAGACUGUGUUUUUAGCUGAGUUACAUGACCAGCUCAACAACACAACUAUUGGCCCUGAAGAACCCCAUUAUACGGAAACUAAAAUGGAAGUCAAACCAGACAGCAUCAGACCAGAUGUAGACCUGUAUCAGGAAUUUAAACAAGAAGAGUGUCCUCCUCCAACUCCUCAACAAAAGAGAGAUAAUAAAGUAAAAGAUGAGGAAGUUGUGUCUACAAAGGAAGCAGACUUGCCCAAUAGAAAGGCAGAGUUUGUGGGAAACAUCCAGCCACACCCACAGAGACGGAGUCGUAUUCCCGUGCUUGCAUCUGAGGAGGAUACCGGCUCGGAAAAAUCCUCUCAGACGAGUCAAGAGCAGUUGCAACGCACUCGUAAAAGCCGACAGCAACAACUAGCCCGUCUCGUUCUGGAGCGUAAACAGUCACAUCUUGUUCGUUCUCGCUCAGCCUCUUCCCACUCCCCGUCCCUUUCGACAACGGCCUCUGAGGAUGAAAUGCACCAAUCAGAUGACUCCACUAAAGGGGAGAGAGGAGCAGAAGGGCAAAUUAGGAGCAGGAUCCCUCGGCCAUUUACACCCAUAAGUGUAACUUCUGACCAAUCAGGGAGCACGACCCUCCCGCAAACCCAGAGAUCUGUCUCUUUCAUUCAGUACAGAACCAACGGUUCUGUCAAUCCCAGGAUGCAAAAAUCUUCAAGUCUGCACACAAAUAUCCAUCAGCAACCACCGAAACCUCAGCUCCGCCCCUCUAAAACACUUCCACCCCAUCCUCCUUCCUCAGGCCCCUCACGCUCACAAGGAAGUUGGACCGCCACACGUACCUUAUCUCGUACCUCAGCUCCUAAUGUCCCCAGAAGCAGUAGCACCUCCCCUCGAAGUUACACCACCUCUCGCACUGAUAGCCCCUCCCCCCAGCGCAUCCGGCGACAACCUGCAGCCAAUGAAACGCAACGACAACCCCAGCAGCCCAGACCUUCUUGCCCAUCACAGUCCAAAUCCAAACCUCAGGACCCCACCCCAAAAAAGAACAAACUCCACUCAUCAACCACACCCCAAAAAGGGAAGAAAGAUCCACUAGAAUCAAAGACUAAAAUUAGAUAAUUACAGCAUGUUGAACAAGGACGUUAUUCCUCCCAAUGAUCGUUCUAUCCUCUCUGAAAGCUCUAGUCCUUCCAUUAUCCUAGGCAUCACCAUUUAGAAACUGCUAGCUCAUAACAAUCCCUCUCCAAAUCAUCUGUGUUGGACUGAGAACCUCUCAUGAACCACAGCAAACUCAACCAAACAAUAUGGAUGGAAAUGUUCUUUAUUUAGCCUAGUGACUGCAGUGGUUACUUAAAUACCUCUGAUGAAGAGAACCUAUGACAUUUACAAACAUACAUGCACAGGGAUUGUACAAAAUUAUGUGCAUGGGGAAGUUGUCAUUAAUGAAGUGUGUUGGACUGAUGAACACACCUCAUAUGCCUUAAACCUGCAAAGGAAAUAAUUGCUGCCAUCACAAAAAAGCUUCCACAGGCUAUACCCUCCUCUACACGGUGCAAACACUACUGUCAUGUCAAAUAUACUGAAUAACUACCAAUCACAUCAAAUGUGUUAAACUUCUUGUUCUGGCUUGAAAACACUUUCCAUCCAUGUUCAGAUCUGGUUUAAGUAAAUGACUGCAGAUACAUACUGUUAUUUUAAUGAAAUAUGAUUUCCACCAUAUUUUUGACCAACAUCAUAAUGUUAGAAUCUGAAAAAAUAAAUCUUUAU